AUAAUCUUGAAGAAUUAGUGGGAUUACACGUAGAUUGGCAAUUUGAAAAUAAUAAAGCUCAAGUAGUUCAAUUACAUGGAACUCUUGAAAAGUUACAAUGUAAAGUUUGCACAAAUAUUUAUGAGUUUACGCUGCAACAUUGUGAAAUUUUCAAGCAAGGAUUGGAAAUUAAUCAAAUCGCAGUACAAGAUCAGCAUAAAGCUGAUUGUUUGAUUAUAAUUGGAACUUCUUUAAGAAUUCCUGGAGUCAAAACUCUAAUAAAAGACUUUGCUAGAGCGGUUCAUGACCAAUGGAAUAGCUUAAUUGACUUUCAAAUAGAAGGUGCUUGCGAUGAGUGGGUUGAACUUGUUAACAUAGAAUUAUCAAAUGUCAAAAAAAUAGAGCUACAAGAUCAUCAAAAAAUUAAUUGA